CAGAACAGGUCGGACAAGACAAGACACUCUCACCUGCUGAUCACCUGGCAGGGACUGAGGGCUGUAAAGGAGUUCAGUCACAUAGCACUACUUUCAUUAAUAGUGUAUGUGAUGAAUAGCGGAGUGUAUAUUAAUAAGACUCUUUGUUAUUCAUUAGAAACGCUAAUGUUUUAUUUGAUUAGUCUAAGGUGGUGGUGUGUCUUUGCUGUGAGGACGCCCCCCAUCACCCCUUCGUCCCCCCCACCACUACUUCUACCACUACAACUGAUAAAACAAGAAUGAACACUAAAAUGAAGCUCAAAAAAAAAAUAUAGAUGAAGAAAGAAAGUGGUAAAUGACUAAGAGUCCUGCUUAACUCUUGCACUGGGGAAGUGUACAUAGUGGUGAAUGAGAUAACUGGUUAAAUCUUGCUUGAGAGACGUAGAGAAAUUAGUGGUGAAUGAUUGAGAGUACUGGCUAACUCUUGCAUCAGGGAGGUUGACAGAAUAGUGCUGAAUGAUUGUGAGUACUGCUUAACUCUUGCAUCAUGGAUGUUGACAGAAUAGUGGUGGAAGAUUGAGAGUACUGGUUAACUCUUGCAUUAGAGAGGUGGACAGAAUAGUGGUGAAUAAUUGAGAGUACCUACAGGUUUACUCUUGCAUUAGAGAGGUGGAGAGAAUAGUGGUGGAAGAUUGAGAGUACUGGUUAACUCUUGGAUUUAAGAGGCAGACAGAAUAGUGGUGGAAGAUUGAGGGUACUGGUUAACUCUUGGAUUAAAGAGGCGGACAGAAUAAUGGUGGAAGAUUGAGGGUACUGGUUAACUCUUGCAUCAGAGAGGUAGAGAGAUUAGUGGUGAAUGAUUGAGAGUACUGGUUAACUCUUGCAUCAGGGAAGUUGACAGAAUAGUGCUGAAUGAUUGAGAGUACUGUUUAACUCUUGCAUCAUGGAUGCUGACAGAAUACUGAUGGAAGAUUGAGAGUACUGGUUAACUCUUGCAUUAGAGGGGUGGACAGAAUAGUGGUGAAUGAUUGAGAGUACUGGUUAACUCUUGCAAUAAAGAGGUGGACAGAAUAGUGGUGAAUGAAUGAGAGUACUGGUUAACUCUUGCAAUAAAGAGGUGGACAGAAUAGUGGUGAGUGAUUGCAUUAGGGAGGUUGACAGAAUAGUGCUGGUUAACACUUGUAUUAGAGAGGUGGACAGAAUAGUGGUGAGUAAUUGAGAGUACUGGUUAACUCUUGCAUCAAGAAGGUAGACAGAAUAGUGCUGAAUGAUUGAGAGUACUGGUGAACUCUUACGUUGGAGAGGUGGACAGAAUAGUGGUGGAAGAUUGAGAGCACUAGGUAACUCCUGUAUUAGAGAGGUCGACAGAAUUGUGCUAAAUGAUUGAGAGUACUAGUUAACUCUUGCACUGGAGGUGGGUAGAAUAUUAGUUAAUGAUAGAGAGAACUCUUGCAUGAAAGAGAUGGACAGAAUAGCGAUGAGUGAUUGAGAGUAUUGGCUAACUCAUGUAUCAGAAAGGUAGAAAGAAUCGUGGUGAAUGAUUGAGAGUACUGAUUAACUCUUGUAUCAAAGAGGUGGACAGAAGAGUGGUGAGUGAUUGAGAGUACUGGUUAACUUUUGCAUCAAGGAGGUAGACAUAAUAGUGGUGAAGGACUGAGAGUACUGAUAAACUCUUGCAUUAAAGAGGGAGACAGAACAGUGGUGAGUUAUUGAGAGUACUGGUUAACUCUUGUAUCAGGCAAGUGGACAGAAUAGUGGUGAGAGACUGUGAGUACCAGUCAUGGGCUGUACAGACUGGAAAAGGAGAAAAGACUGGUACCUCAAGCUCAACACAAAACACUGGCCAGCUUUGUGGCUCGGCAUGUCAACCUAACCUGACCUGACCCAGCCUAGAAGCUGUGUGUGUCCCACAAGUGUGUCAUAGAACACCAAUAUGGCCACCACCACCACCACCACCAUUGUUGCUGCUGCCACCACCACCAGCACCACCACUGCUGCUGCUGCUGCUGCUGCCACCACCACCACCACCACCAUGGCUGCCACUAUUGCUGCCACUGCCGCCGCUGCCGCCACUAGUGCCAAUGCCACUAUGACCAGCUUGGCAGUGGAGGUGGCAGGUGAUGUGGGUGUGGGUGUGGUGGGCAAGUUUGAGUGUGAUAAGUGUGGUGUUGUGGUGGCCAGCAAGAGUCAGUAUUUGCAGCACACUCUGUCUCACCUUGGGCUCAACGUGCACUGCUGCGGCGAGUGUGGCAAGAUGUUUCAGCGGGCUCACCAGCUGCGGCAACACUCGGUGAUGCACUCUGGGGUAAAGCUGCACCAGUGUGGGGAGUGUGGCCGGCGGUUCGGCAGCCGCAGCAACCUACUGCGACACAGAGAGCUGCACAGUGGUGAGCGGCGCCAUGAGUGCCAGGCCUGCGGCAGACGCUUCAGACAGAAGGCCAACUUGAUGCAGCACGUGGCCACACACUCAGGAGUGAAACGCUUCUGCUGUGAGGAGUGUGGGGAGCGGUUCUCCCGCCGCAGCACACUGACGCAGCACCAGGCCCUGCACAGUGGCUACAAACGAUUCGGGUGUGACCACUGUGGCAAGCGGUUCAACCAGCGGGUGUGUCUGCUGCGUCAUCUGGCAUUGCAUGGGGAGUCGAGGCGCUUUGUGUGCCCGGAAUGUGGUGCUGGCUUCCCCAGCGUGAGCCGUUACAGGGACCACUGCAACCAGCACAACAGCCUCAACAAGCACCGCUGUGACCAGUGUGGCAAGGCAUUCAGCCAGAAGGGCCACCUCACCCGCCACAUCCUCUCUGCACACAGUCUGGUGCGUCCUUAUCCCUGCACAGCGUGUGGCCGGGAGUUUGCUGUCCGGAGCAGCCUACAGCGCCAUACUGCCAUCUGCCCCGCCCUCAGGACCCACCGCUGCCACUGUGGCAAGUCCUUUGCUGCCGCCACAGACCUGGCCCAACACACCGAGGCACACCACCAUGGCCAGCCCCUCUACUGCACACAGUGUGGCCACUGCUGCACUAACCCCCAGGAACUGCAACACCACACAGACCAACACCACCGGCGCAGUGCAGCACCCACCACUGCCAAAGCAUUGGACAGCAGCACUCCUACCACUGCCACCACUGCAGCAGAUGGCAGCCCUCCUACUGCUACUGCUCCUGCCGCCACCACACCAGUGGAGUACCGGUGUGAAGAAUGUGGCAAGAGUUACUCCGGCAAGAGCAACCUGACAAGGCACCAGCUGGUCCACAGUGGGCUGAAGCGGUUCGGGUGUGACCAGUGUGGCAAGACCUUCACCCAGAAGGGCCAUCUGCUGCAGCACCUCAGCACACACAGCCGCACAAAGGCCUUCCAGUGCCACCUGUGUGCCAAGACGCUCACCAGGAAGGACACCCUCAUCAAGCACCUCAACACCCACACUACCACCACCACUGGCAGGAGGCGCAAGGGCCGCCCACCCACCGCCAGGAAGGACACACCUGCCAUGGAGGAGCCCUUGCACAGCAGCAACAGUGUUCCCCUGCAGUGCAGUGAUGCAUCACCCCACACUGCUAAAUACACCAACAGUGGCACUACCGGUGGCAGUGGUAGGAGGCGCAGGGACCACCCACCCAUCAGGAAGGAGACACCAGCUGUCAUACCUGACGUGGAGCACAGCGAAAGUGUUCCCCCGCACCACAGCGACACUGUUCUCCUGCACCACAGUGACAGUGUUCCCUCGCACCAUAGCGACAGCGUUCCCCCACACCACAGCGACAGUGUUCUCCCGCACCACAGUGACAGUGUUCCCCCGCACCACAGCGACAGUGUUCCCCUGCACCACAGCGACAGUGUUCUCCGGCACCACAGUGACAGUGUUCCCUCGCACCACAGCGACAGCGUUCCCCCGCACCACAGCAACGUUAUUCCCCUGCACCACAGUGACAAUGUUCCCCCACACCACAGGGACAGUGUUCCCCCGCACCACAGCAAAAGUGUUCCCCCGCACCACAGUGACAGUGUUCCUCCACACCACAGCGACAGUGUUCCCCUGCACCACAGCGACAAUAUUCCCCUGCACCACAGUGACAGUGUUCCCCCGCACCACAGCAACAGUGUUCCCCUGCACCACAGUGACAGUGUUCUCACGCACCACAGUAAUAGUGUUCCCCCGCACCACAGUGACAGUGUUCCCCCGCACCACAGCAACAGUGUUCCCCCGCACCACAGCAACAGUGUUCCCUCGCAUCACAGUGACAGUGUUCUCCCACGCCACAGAGACACUUCACCCGAUAGUGCUGACCACCACACAGACAGUGACACACAUGCUGGCACUGACACAGCCCUGGAACACACCAGGAACUUGCUGGAUGGCACCUACACAUCGCAACACUCUGACAACACUCACACUUCACCGCAACACUCCACACACUCAACAGACAAUGACAAGAAGCUUCUACAUAUAUGUAACUCUAUGGCUAGCGAUAGCGACCCACAGGCACCUCACACAAACUCUCAACACCACACACACUCCCUCAAAAACAACAGUGACAAUACCAUUGCUUCACCACACCACACCACCAUGGAGGAACACCACCAGCUUCCACACAGUGUUUGUCAUCCUUAAAGAUGGCUACUAUGUCUCCUGCACCCCCACACCGCCUUCCACCUCCACCUGAUGCCACCACCAUUCCACCACCACCACCACCACCAUUUAGAACAAACACUUAUAUAGCAGGACCAGUAAGAACAACAUUACAAUAAAUAGAUAAAUAGAUAUGUAAAAGGAAAAACAAGAAAAAUAGAAAGAAAGUAAAUAAAACAAAAAGAAGGGGGAGAAGAAAGAGAUGAAAGGAAAAAUUAAAGAAAAACAAGAAGCAGAGAAAACAAAGAGAAGAAAGGAUACAUUUUUUUUAAAUACAAAGUAGAGAAAAAAGAAAAGGAAAAAUUAAAGAAAAGAAAAGAUAGAUAGACAAAACAAAAGAAAAAGAAGAGAAAAAUAGAGAUGAGAUGAAAAAAUAAAGAAAAAAAAGAAAUGUAGGCUUAAUAAGAAUACAGGAAGGUGGAAAUACAGAAACUGGCAGACUACACUCAGACACAACUGGAAUGCUCUUGCUGCUCUAUCACUAUGAAGACAUUUGAGGAGUGUUGUUAUCAAGAACAGUUUUAACAGCUAUCUGCUCUCUUCUGCAAUAAAAGCAGAUGUUAAUUUUUUGUAUGGUAUGUUUUACAAGUUUUGUAGUAAUAUGAUAUGGCAAACAGAAAAAUCACUAUUUUAAUGACAUCUAUAUUUAUUUUUUCGUAGUAGAUCAUCAUUAGUGAUAUGAAUGUUACAAGCUAUUUCUAGAUAAUUAUGAAAUUAUCUAACUUGGAAAAUGGGAUGCCCUGUUCUUUAACAUACUUAAUCGUAUAAGCCAUAUCAUUCUAAGUAUUUUUAACCCCAUUUAUGUUUAUGGAUAAAUUGUAUUGAAAAUACUCUAAAUGAAAAGGAAUAUAUGAUUAGACAGGUAAUAACUCUAAAGCAAGAGAAAGCCCAUCAUUCAGAUUAGAUAUAUAUAAUAUCAUAUUUAGAAAUAGCUCUUUAAUAUUCAUGUCACUUUAAUGAUAUUCAUAGAACACACACACACACACACACACACACACACACACACACACACACACACACACACACACACACACACACACACACACACACACACA